AUGGCAACAGACAGCUCCCAAGGCGCUACCAAUGGUAGUGCUGCGCCCACCGACUUUGUCGUCAAGGCCGGUUUGGCGCAGAUGUUGAAGGGCGGAGUGAUCAUGGACGUCGUGAAUGCGGAGCAGGCUCGCAUUGCUGAAGAGGCCGGUGCCUGUGCUGUCAUGGCCCUAGAGCGUGUUCCAGCAGAUAUCCGCGCCCAAGGCGGCGUGGCACGCAUGUCCGAUCCCACCAUGAUCAAGGAGAUCAUGAACGCAGUCACCAUUCCUGUCAUGGCCAAAGCCAGAAUAGGCCAUUUUGUCGAGUGCCAGAUCCUCGAGGCCGUGGGUGUCGACUACAUCGACGAAUCUGAAGUCCUCACUCCCGCUGACCACCUCUAUCAUGUCAUCAAACACCCCUACAAAGUCCCCUUCGUCUGCGGCUGCCGUAACCUCGGCGAGGCUUUGCGCCGUAUCCAAGAGGGCGCUGCCAUGAUCCGCACCAAGGGUGAAGCCGGCACCGGCGACGUCGUCGAGGCCGUCAAGCAUAUGCGCACCGUCAACACAGACAUCGCCCGCGCUAAGUCCAUCUUGACCUCCUCAACCAACCCAGAAGUCGAGCUGCGCGCUUACGCCCGCGAGCUCGAGUGUUCGUAUGAGCUGCUACGCGAGACGGCCGAAAAGGGGCGCUUGCCCGUGGUCAACUUUGCAGCCGGCGGUGUUGCUACGCCCGCCGAUGCCGCGAUGAUGAUGCAGCUGGGUUGUGAUGGUGUCUUCGUUGGAUCUGGCAUUUUCAAGUCUGGCGAUCCAAGAAAGAGAGCUCGUGCCAUUGUCCAGGCAGUCACGCAUUUCAACGAUGCUAAAAAGCUGGCUGAGCUGAGUGAGAAUCUGGGUGAAGCCAUGGUUGGUAUUAGUGUGCAGGAAAUGAGUGACAAGGAGAAAUUGGCCAAGAGAGGAUGGUAG